CAUCCUUGAUGAACAAGAAAGACAAACUAGUUUCUUAUCCUUUGUCUUAUCUUUUAUUUUAUUUUUAGUUUUAAUUUUUGUGUACUUUUCAACAAUUGCUGCUACUUUGAUUAGAAGAGACUAUGCGUAAUAAAAGAACUUAGUAGAACGAACUCUGUUCCUGACCAUGUUAAGUCCCUAGUUUCUGUCUCCUUCUUGUCAAAUUUCAUGGCUCCUUCUACUCCAAGACUUGUUGUUCCGGUAGACUUAAAAAAGAAGCCAUGGGAUCAAAAUUUACCUCUUCACAACCGUUGGCACCCACUUAUACCCCCAGUUGCCGAGGUUCACACGGAUGAGCUCUUUCGGGUUGAGAUGGUGGACUGGACUGGAGGAGUUAUUGGAGAUAAUGACUCUGCCAGUGAUGUAAAGUUAAUUGACCUUUCAGUUACCCAUUAUCUGAGUGGCCCAAUUAGAGUUGUGGACAAGGACGGGGUUCCAGCCAAGCCAGGGGAUCUACUUGUAGUCGAGAUCUGCAACUUGGGUCCUCUCCCAGGAGAUGAAUGGGGUUAUACUGCAACAUUUGACAGAGAAAAUGGAGGUGGUUUUCUUACUGACCAUUUUCCAUGUGCAACCAAAGCUAUUUGGUAUUUUGAAGGAAUAUAUGCAUACUCUGCUCAAAUCCCAGGAGUUCGAUUCCCAGGCUUAACUCAUCCUGGAGUAAUAGGAACUGCCCCAUCGGCUGAACUUCUGAAAAUUUGGAAUGAAAGGGAAAGACAUGUUCAAGAAAAUGGCCUUCAAACUCUAAAGCUUUGUGAGGUUGUGCAUUCACGACCCUUAGCAAACCUACCAACAGCUAAAGGUUGCUCUCUUGGAAAGAUCAAAGAGGGCACAGAAGAAUGGGAAAGAAUUGCCAAUGAAGCUGCAAGAACAAUUCCAGGAAGAGAAAAUGGUGGAAAUUGUGACAUCAAAAACCUUAGUAGAGGUUCAAAAGUAUACCUUCCUGUAUUUGUGGAAGGGGCAAACUUAAGCUCAGGUGACAUGCACUUCUCUCAGGGGGAUGGUGAAGUCUCAUUCUGUGGAGCAAUUGAAAUGAGUGGUUUUCUAGAGCUCAAGUGUGAUAUUAUAAGGGGUGGAAUGAAAGAGUACCUGACACCAAUGGGGCCGACUCCUCUGCACGUAAACCCAAUCUUUGAGAUAGGUCCAGUUGAACCAAGAUUCUCAGAGUGGCUGGUUUUUGAAGGCAUCAGCGUUGAUGAAAGUGGGAGGCAGCAUUUUCUUGAUGCGACUGUAGCGUACAAGCGCGCUGUGCUCAACGCCAUUGACUACCUUCACAAAUUUGGAUACUCAAAGGAACAGGCUUAUCUGCUGCUGUCGUGCUGCCCAUGCGAAGGAAGAAUCUCUGGGAUUGUUGAUUCGCCUAAUGCUAUGGCUACCUUGGCAAUCCCCACCGCCAUUUUCGACCAGGACAUUCGCCCACAACCGAGCAAAGUUCCAAUUGGACCUCGACUGCUUAGAAGACCAGACGUCCUGAAAUGCAGCUAUGAUGGGAAUUUGCCCAUCACCAAGAACCCCAGCGCCACAACUUAAAACAUGGGUGGAUCCUUUCAGUUUCUUCUUUCUCUAUUCUCUUUUUGUUUAUCUGUUUGAAGUGAAGGUCUAAAUUGGAAAGGGAAUAACCCGUUACUGUUUAUAACAAAUUAGUUAUGGUUUGGCUUGCUCUAACAGUUCUAAAGUAAAAGAUACACAAAAUCUGAACUUAUAUAUUGGUUCUCCUUUGCUACUAAACCCCAGGGGUCCUAAAAGAGAUGCCUCGAGAAAUCUCCUCGAGCUUCUUCCGCCAAAAUUUUUCCAUUCUCCAACUGGCAGGUGCAUAACAGAAGGCUACAAGAUCAAAUGUUGGAUUGGAAUCAGUAAUAAAUUGAAAGAGUACGAUGGUGUGGCAGAGAUGGGCACUGGAUUCCAAAGGACCAAAGCCAAAGAUCUAACUCCACGCUUAGAACCUGCAAAAACCCAAAUUCUUUUACUCCAUAUUUUCCAAAAGCAUUAGCAGAUCGAGGGAUAGAGAUGGGAUCAUGGGAUUUGUUAUUUUUCAUGUUUUUGUUUGCUGCCAGGAAGUAAAAUAUACUUCCAAUGUUCUUUUGAACAAAAAAUCGGAUGCUGGGAUAGUGUAGUAGAUCGAUAGCUUGAAAUUUGUCUAAAGAUAAUUUAACAAGGAAA